UCCCCUGCGAGGCCAGCUGGACUCCACCCAUUCAUUAAAAAUAAACCCCGGAGUGACGUGCGCAUCCACCUGUCAGCCAGGUGUCGCGUGAAGAAGAGCAGGAGACACCGUCGCUGGACACUUUUCACUGUGAACGAGAUUCGCGGCUUCCUAGACGAUGCUGACACCUGCAGAGAUUAGGAGCGUGGCUUUCAAGGAUAGGUCACUUGUGCUUUGAUACUCCUCACCUUGUACACGACAUACCAUAACCCGGUUAUCAGUAUCUUUGGCGGAAACAUUGAGCAGGUUUGGCAAGUUUUCUUUUUACAGCCUUAGAGAACAAAGGUUUCCAGGUUUCCAGGCUGCACUUCGUGCUGCGUCUGCUUAAGGUUUGAAGGCAAUGUUUUCCCGGCUAGUCGUCAUCUUUUUAUUAUUUCUAGCUACGCUAAAUAUCUCAUACCAGAGAAAACCGAAAAAACCUCCUCAGACGCUGUCUAGAGGAUGGGGAGAUGAUAUUACAUGGGUCCAAACCUAUGAAGAAGGACUGACAAAAAUGAAGGAAAGCAAAAAGCCACUUAUGGUAAUUCAUCACAAAGAGGACUGCCCAUACAGCCAAGCCCUUAGAAAGACAUUUUCUCUGGAUAAAAAUAUUCAGAAAAUGGCCCAGGAGGAUUUCAUCAUGCUCAACCUAAUGCAUGAAACCUCAGAUAAGAACCUGGCUCCUGAUGGCCUGUAUGUUCCCAGGAUCCUCUUUGUUGACCCAUCCAUGAUAAUACGUGCUGAUAUCGCGGGCAAGUACAGCAACCACCUGUACACCUACCAGCCAGAUGACAUGGAUGUCCUGGUAAAGAACAUGAGAAGAGCCAAGAUCCUUUUGCACACAGAGCUCUGACCUUCAUCCUCAUAAAUUGCUGACCCCUGACCGUGUGAAGCUGGGAUGGGAAACAUCAUCGUAGUGUAAGACACCGGAAUGGCAAACCAGUGUCCCCUGCCUUUCCAUGUGUUAUCCACAACAAGAUUUUUAUAAGGCCUUGUAACUUAACAUUGUCUGCCUUUUUAUACUGCAUCUUAUACUGCUGAUUCAUUUGGGAUUUUUAAAUUUAUAAUAAAUAAUCACUGAAGUGU